AAGAAAGCAAGCGAGGAAGCAUGGAAGGAAGGAAUGAAGCAAGGAAGGAAGGAGGAAAGGAAGUGAGGAAGAAAUUUAUGAAGAAAGCGAGGAAACAAAGGAGGAAAGAAGGGAGCGAGGAGGGAAAAAAGCAUGGAAGGAAAGAUGCUAGGAAGGAAGGAAGCGAGGAAGGAAGGAAGCGAGGAAGCAAGGUAGGAAGGAAGCGAGGAAGGAAAGAUGCGAGGACGGGAGGAAGCGAGGAAGCAAGGAAGGAAGGAAGCAAGAAAAGAAGGGGCGAGGAAGGAAGGAAUGAAGCAAGGAGGGAAGGAAGUGAUGAAAGAGAGAGGCGAGGAAGCAAGGAAGGAAUGAAGCGAGGGAGGAAGGAAGCGAGGAAGCAAGGUGGGAAGCAAGCGAGGAAGGAAAGAUGCGAGGAAGGAAGGAAGCAAAGAAGGAAGGAAGCAAGAAAAGAAGAGUCGGAGAAGAAAGGAAGCGAGGAAGGAAAGAAGCGAGGAAGCAAGGAAGGAAGGAAGGAAGCGAGGAAGCAAGGAGGGAAAGAAGCAAGGAAGGGAGGAAGCAAGGAAAGGAGGAAGCAAGGAAGGAAGGAUGCGAGGAAGGAAGUAAGCGAGGAAGCAAUGAAGGAAGGAAGCAAGGAAGGAACGAAGCGAGGAAGGAAGGAUGCAAGGAAGCGAAGAAGGAAGGAAGUGAGGAAGCAAGGAAGGGAGGAUGCAAGAAACGAAGGAAGGAAGCAAGGAUGGAAGGAAGGAAGCGAGGAAGGAAGGAUGCAAGAAUGCAGGGAAGCAAGGAAGGGAGGAAGCGAGGAAGGAAACGAGGAGGGAAUAUCGACUUGUACUCAAAGAUGGAACAGAGGGGACAGUUGCAAUACAGAGAAUACAGAAUAUCUUAUAUUACUUCAAAUUAUGAAAAUGAGGAGUAACAUUAAGUCGUCUUGGCUAAUACUUAGUCGGCUUUAUACCCUAAAUAUGUCACUUGAAACAAUACCAAAAGAUCUGAGGAACUUGCGAGCGUGUUUGUUAUGCUCAUUAGUAAAGACAUUUGAACAAUUUGAAUUUGACGGGUGUGAUAACUGUGAAGAAUAUUUACAUUUGAAGCACAAUAGAGAUGGUGUAUAUGAAUGUACAAGCUCCAACUUUGAUGGACUGAUUGGUAUGAUGAGCCCUGAUGAUAGCUGGGUGGCAAAAUGGCAGAGAGUCAAUCGAUUCACUAAGGGGUGUUAUGCUAUAUCUGUGAGUGGAAAACUGCCUCCAGGAAUUGUACGGGAACUAAAGAGUAAAGGAGUUGCAUAUAGACCUAGGGAUGUAUCACAGAGGACUUGA